UAAGUUACGAUCUAGGGCAGAGCACCACAAUGGCGCACAAGGCUCUGUUCCUCCUUGGAUUGUCACUGGCUCAACUAGGAAUGCUCUCUGUCUUCGCCAAUCCGAUGGUAAUGCCGUUGGAGCUCGUCGCAAAUUCUCAUCGUAGGCGCGACAGGGAGCUGCUGGGAAGUGCGCGAAUGGAUUUACACGACGAUCUCCUCACUAAAGGGUAUUAUACAAGCAGAGUUAAGAUUGGAACACCACCUCACGAAUUUUCUCUCAUUGUCGACACUGGAAGCACUGUCACUUACGUUCCUUGUUCUUCGUGUACUCACUGUGGCAAUCACCAGGAUCCCAGAUUUUCUCCAGCUUUGUCGUCCUCUUACAAGCCUCUCGAGUGUGGGAGCGAAUGCAGCACGGGUUUCUGUGAUGGAUCACGUUGCAAGUAUCAGCGCCAGUAUGCGGAGAAGAGCACAAGCAGUGGAGUGCUUGGAAAGGACGUGAUAGGUUUUAGCAACAGCAGCGAUCUCGGUGGCCAGCGUCUCGUUUUCGGCUGCGAGACUGCCGAGACGGGGGACUUGUAUGAUCAGACUGCGGAUGGAAUUAUCGGACUGGGACGAGGUCCUCUGAGCAUCAUCGACCAGCUCGUUGAGAAGAAUGCCAUGGAGGACGUUUUCUCUCUUUGUUAUGGAGGAAUGGACGAGGGGGGUGGUGCGAUGAUACUCGGUGGUUUUCAGCCCCCAAAAGACAUGGUUUUUACGGCGUCUGAUCCCCAUCGCAGUCCUUAUUACAACUUGAUGCUCAAAGGAAUUCGUGUUGGUGGUAGCCCGUUGCGCUUAAAGCCCGAAGUUUUUGAUGGCAAGUAUGGCACCGUUCUGGACAGCGGAACGACAUACGCGUACUUCCCUGGAGCUGCGUUUCAGGCUUUUAAAAGUGCAGUGAAGGAACAGGUUGGAAGCCUUAAGGAGGUGCCAGGUCCGGAUGAAAAGUUUAAAGAUAUUUGCUACGCCGGGGCCGGGACGAACGUUUCCAAUCUGUCCCAGUUCUUCCCGUCUGUGGAUUUCGUUUUCGGAGAUGGUCAGAGCGUAACUCUCUCGCCAGAGAACUACCUGUUUCGGCACACAAAAAUCUCUGGAGCAUACUGCUUGGGAGUGUUUGAGAACGGAGACCCGACAACUUUAUUAGGAGGGAUUAUCGUGAGAAACAUGCUUGUGACUUACAACCGUGGAAAGGCAUCGAUUGGAUUCUUAAAGACGAAGUGCAACGACCUGUGGAGCAGACUGCCCGAGACGAACGAGCCCGGUCACUCGACACAGCCUGCUCAGUUCUUGCUCCCUCCGGCCCCGUCUCCUUCUGUUGGCGCAGGAGACAUGGCCGGAGCUAUCGAAGUCAGCAUGCUGCUGGCAACGAAUUACACCACUUUUGCCAGCUUAACCGCGGAGUUCGUCAAGGACGUAGCCCGAGAGCUGGAUUUAGAUCUCGAUCAGGUCAGAAUUCUCAACUUCACGGCUGCUGGGAGCAGUAUCGUGGUGGCUUGGAUGGCUUUUCCAAAUGAGAUGGACUCGACCAAGCAGCUCAUCUCACGUUUGGAGCGGCAUGAAGUCCACUUGUCGGAGGUGUUUGGAGUCUACAAUCUCACCAGCUGUAGAGUUCUUGAGCGCCAAAAUUUCAGGCAAAUGGGAGGAUCUCGUCAGCGCGAGAUCGCUGCCGCGACACUGAUCGUCGCCGUUUGCAUCAUUCUGGUUUGCACGGCCGGAGGUGUAAUUUACUGGCAGCUGUGGAGAUUUCGCAGGAACAAGCAGCACUCGUAUCAAACCAUCGAAGAACAGACCAUCGAAGAACAGCAGCACGACAACGAAGCUGGAGUACAAUUACAGCACCUUUGAUGCGAAACCACACUCGAAAACAGGGAAUUCUUUCGUUCUUCUUCGUCCAAGUUUUGACACACACACACACACACAGAGCGAAUUAUUACAUUGGUGGUGGUGCUACUACUGCUUGUUGUAUGUAUGUAAUAUUGAAACCAUUAUCAUUGUUAAUCAAUCACAUGAGCUCCAAACUAAAAA